CAUUUUCAAGAUCACCACAACUGACAAAAGGAAUCACUUGAGAUUGGCACUAAAACGAAGUGUCUAAUAAAGAAACUGCAUUUAUUUUAAAAGUGACAUUCAUAUGGUUCAUAUUUCCUUAAUUAAUAGCCCAGCUAGACAGAUCAACUUUGAAAUUAAAAUUAAAUAUACAGGAGAUUCAGACGUAGCAACACCCUUAGACAAAAACUGGUUCAUCCCAAAGAGAAAAUACCCCAAAACAAACUAAACAACAUGGUGUAUUAGGUGCAAGUGCACAGAAGAAACCAAACGGCGACUCCUCAAGUGCAUAGCACAACACAGGAAAGCCACCUCCACAGGACAAGACUCAGCAGUACAUCUGGAACUGUGGGAACAUCUGCUCACAUUUUGGACCAAGGAGACAGACGGUUUGUAAGGACUAAAGGAGGUUGUCUACCUUAGUUAUGAAUGAUGAGUGUUGAACAGAGUUUGUUGCUUACGACGCCAGCUACCGGCCACCUACAGUCUUGAGAUUCCUUCCCAGGCAUUUCAACCCCUACACACACCUUGCCUCAGGUGACCUCAAUAUCUCACCUGAUAGUGGGGUGGUGCUGUGUCUCAUAGAGGUUUUACCUGGUGGUCUCGGUUGUAGUAAUGACCCACACCAUUUUUUUCACACCUUGGCUUAUGUGAUGACAAGUAGUGGAUUAGCGAACCUCAAGACCAUCUGCACCAAGGGUUCAUUACCUGGGACUUCCAGUGGUUUAAGAACCGAAGAACCCUCUUGGACGAGGGGCAAAAAGUCUCCACAAACUGAAAGAAGUCCAGCUGUCGUCAUUUUCAAACUCCUAAGGCAAUUGGAGAAUAUUUAAAAGUGCAGCAGGUCUUCUGAAGUCGCGGGAGAUGCACUGCUGACACUGCUGUUAUUCUUUUCUAUCAAACAUACGGAUAGAAAAGAGUAAUAUUUCCAUACAGGAUUGGUUGGUCUUGGUUAAUGAUUGCCUACAGUGCUGUUGAUCAAUGGGGUGCCAGUGGAAACUGUGCUACUGUUGUUUAAAAGGAACAGGAAAGGGGGAAGACAUGUUAGGAGGCAGUGAGGGAGAAGGAAAGGUAGCAGAGUAGAGAUGAGAGUAGGGGCUUUAAAUGUAGGAUGGAUUUGGAGCUGCCAGGCAGGAGGAAAAGAGAAAGAUGACAGGAUAGUCAAUUUUCAAUUCAUUUUUAUUUUUAGCACAACAAAAAAUUGCAACAACACUCUCCUCAUGGCGCAUGAGAAGAUAGCGACCCCUAAAUAGCGAUGGGGUUGUGGUGACGGCACAUUUGGUAACCCCAAUACGAUCAGUUGAGCAACUAUAUGGUCGCCUUAAGCAGUCGUUUCGGGAACUGCUAUUUUGACGGUUCAUGAUGGCAUUGUUUUCUCCCCUGUAUGUUUCGCUCUUACUUUCCUAUAUGCGUAUAUACAUGUUGGCAUACUUACAGUAUUUAAGUUUCAUUUAAGAUUCAUGUAUCAGCUUGUGGUAAUAAACUGAACAUUGUUCUGUCGUGACGGGUGCUUCCCUUUUAAACAGCUGUUGUGAAAUUGCUGUCACCACUUGAGGUUAAGGGGAAAAAAACAUGAGCCCAAACACACGCUCUCUCCAACGAGCACAGUCCUACCUGUUACGUUUCAAAUCUGGUUCAACCACAUUUCAACUUUACCCAAGCUGAUUUUAAUUACUGUAGCAAUGACAAACAUGCUGCCCUGCGGUUCAGGAGUGCGUCAGGGAACAGUUUUUGGACUAGAAACGUGCCUCGUGCCAGAUUUUCGAUGUCACAGUGUACUAGAGAAAGACAUAUCUUUAAGGUAUUCAGAUUUCAGCUGGAGUUGUUCAGAUAUCACUAACACACCAGUUCUUCUCCUUUGGAAUUCACCAUCUGUGCACAAUUUUGCAAAUUCCAUAUUCUGCAUGAAAAGUACAAUGCAUAUGCAAACCACAUCUGGCCCCAGGUCUGCUGGACUCACUUCUCUGCUCAGGCAUGACUGAUCAGGAAUGCACAGUCGACCGCACCCUUUCUCCCCUUCAACCACUGGACGCAGCCCUGCUGGGUGUGUGUGUGUGUGUGUCUGUCUGUGCUUGAGUGUGUGAAUGCCCUACUCAGAUUACCGGAGUUCAUUUGUCUUGUAAGCUCUGGUGCCACUCCUUUUUAUUCUUUUCAUGCUAAAGUAUCACCUCGUCGGCCCCCUCUCCUUUCCUGUUUGCUCUUUUGCCUUUCUUUGUUCGCUUCAGACUGUUCGGUCAGAAAGAUGAACAGAAACAAAGCCUUUCACCUCGUAAAUCUGCGGCAUGAGCACAGGGAGCCUGUAGACAUAUCGUUGAACUCGACGCAGCCUCUCAUGCUGAAUUUAUCUGCUUCACAGAUGUGGCUCGGAUGCACACCCAGUCUGAGCUUCCUUGUUCUUUGUCCCAGUGAUGGUGUAUUUGCUCACACGGUGCGUGUGUGCAUAUGCUAGAGCGCACAGGCAGACUUACAAGCACACUUUUAAGAGUGUUGAGUCAGCAGCUGCUGCUUCGGGUUCAGGGGUGAGAGGUCAGAGGUCAUUACCUGCUUUGCGCUUUUGCCUUUAUCUCUAUGGAUAAUCUGCACUCGCACAUGAGUCUUAGACACGGUGAUGGGCCGACACGGGAGGGCCGCAGAAGAAUGGUGCUCCUAGUUAAGCCUGCAACUUUUUACCAAGAAGUAAGAGAAUUCAGGAGCACAGUAUAACACACAGACACACACAACAAUGACAGUAUACAAGUACUUUCAGCUGGAAAAUUGGACUGUGGAAUGAUGGAGCACAUGGGCAGCGGGAUGUGGGAUUUGUCUUCUUCCAGGGGGAAGUGACAAAAGUUGACUCCAAAGGUUUGAGAGAGUUUAAUCUUGGAAAAACUCAACAAAAACUUGAGUGUGUGUAUGUAGGGCUUUUUUGUGUGUGUGUGUCAUCAAAGACUUAUUCCAUAGAGACCAAAAACUGUAUAAUGUUUGAAAAAACUGUUGAAAUAGCUGUGUUAUCCUUGAUUAAAGAUCGCUAUCUUUAAAGGCACGCGCAACCAUAAAUACACAAACAUGCUUUAUUCCCUCCAGGCCUUGUGAUAGUGUUGUUUACUGACUGUCAUCUGAUUGUAAAUUGUUAGGCACGUACAAAAAUGAACUGACAAAUAAACAUACAACAUUAUCUGGAUGAUUUAACCUUUGGAUGCAGUGCCAAGGCUCCUCUGACCUGCAGCUAAACGUUUGUCUUAGGGAUGAAAGUAAUUUCAGUCUGAUGGCCUCCUCCUGUGGCCUGAAGUGGUAAUUGCACACAAUAUAGGCUGCAGAAAAGAAAGCAAGCUUUGUUUCACGUGAUUAAUUGUGUGAGGCGGCAGGCUUCCCCCCCCCCCAAUUUGUGGGAAACCAUAAGUUUCACAGUUUCUAAUAGAUUUAAACAAGUUCUGCAGUAAGUUAUGCCUGUGUAAAAGUGUCCAGAUGCAGUGUGAAGUGUGACAAAUAGGGUGUCAAAUAAAAUGUUUUCAAAAAGACAGACAUACUAUUGAGAGUGCAACAGCUGAUCAUCUUUACGACUGAUUAAUCUCCUCUUUUCUCAGAUAAUAGAUGAUUAUUUUUAUCUGCUAGAAGAUCCAAAAAUGAUGUCUCAAAAAAUCCCUUUUCCUCCAUCCUCUCCAGAGCGAAACCUACUGUUAUUUAGCUCAAAGUAACUGGAUUCCCGCCGAAAGCACACACGAUGUUUGUCGUUUUUCAUCAAAAAAAUUAUUUUCCAAAUGAUUUAAGCCAGUUCACUCUGAAGGAAUCAACUACUUAAUCUUAAAAAAGAAAACAAAAAACUGCACCAUAUUUCAUGGAAACAGAUGAAUAUUGUGAUGCAGAUUAUAUGAAACAACAACAAAAAAAGCAUGGUAGUGGACUUCAAUGCUCCAGAGGUCCAGCAGCCCACCACUAGAGGGCUGUUGCUAGGCCUGGGCCAGGUCUGGAAGCCCAGCAACAGCCCUCUAGUGGUGGGCUGCUGCUGGGCGUCCAGGCCUGGCCUACCUCUCCCCCUGGAGGUCUGAAGUUGCUCAGCAGCUAACCUGAGAGGACACUUUAUACUGUGUGACUCACAUUUUCCUUCCCUAGUAGUCUAUUAUCACAUGAGUUAAUCACUUUACUCCCUGUCCCGUGUUCCCUGUGUGCCUGCGGUUUGUUUGUGGUUGCCUUUAUCAGUUGUGAUUUCUUAAUAUGCAGUUUUUGCCAGAAGGAGCAAAGCACGAACAUUGUGUAUGACUUAUCUGUGUAGGUGUUGCGUAGGUGUCGUAUCGGGGUGGCCAACGCUUAUGAUUAAUGUCUUUCUCACACACCAGCCUUUCAACCUCCCGUAACUCUUAACAGUAUUAUUGUGUAAAUCCAAAAUGAUGCAAUAACACCUGUUUACAAAGAAGACAAUCAACAGAUAAGUAAUGACGUCUCUUUAGGUAGAAAUUUUUGAAAAGUGGGCGGAUCUUCCUGUAAGUUGCAGGUGUAAAUAUAUUCUUGCUGUAAUUGAGUUUCAUCAGGUGUAAAUCUGACACUUGUGUGUGCAAGAUUCCAACACCUCCAGGAGGAACUUUAUAUAGAACAUGCAGUAUAUAACACACGCAUGCACAUAGAAGUCAAGCAUGCUUUCCUUUACUUACAUUACCGUCCUGUGGAUGUACCAUAAUGUAAAGCAGAUUUCCUAAACACUGAAUGUGACUGCAGUCGAACCAAAUUGGGGAAACAAAUGCCUUCCAGAAAUACGACUUUAAUCAGCUGGUGUCAAACUGUACAGUUUAGAAUUUGUUGCCCAAAAGUGGUCUUUUACAAACAAACACACACAUGCGCAAAGGCACCAACUGUCCCAGUAAAUGUGGGGUGCUCUGGUGUAAUAAAAGCCUUCCUCUGUGGUGGAGCUGAACCCCUGUGUUUAACUGCCUGUGUGAAUGUGUUACUGCUGAGAAGCACACACUGUGAAACUGCACAUACUGGGAUUUGAAACUUGGCAGAAACACUGAGUGAGGCUUUUAUAAGAUAGUUGUGCACUGCUGGAUGCACUAAAUGCUACUUUUUUCCAGCUCGGCUUCUUUAUCUGCUGUAUUUACCUUUUGUUUGGUGAGUGUGUAUCAAUGUCAGGUAUACCCAGCCACUAAUGUGUGAUUGGGUUACCUGACAAACAGGUUGGCCCUCAUGUCCCAGCUUUAUGUCUGUGGGACACAAGCAGUGGCAGCGUGUGUUUAUAUUCAAAAUCUAUACAUUUAAAAUCUUAUCAGAGUACAUAGUUAUAUCCAUUCAGUCUCUUUCUUUUUGUUCCUUUUCCCACCUGGUCAGCUCUAACUGUACCGCUUGUCUUUUUGAUGCAGGAAUGUGUGAAUCCAGUCAAUACUCUGAUAAGAUUUAGAGUAAUUUAGCUUUAAUUGCCCUGUACUUCUUCACUGUCUGGAUUUUUGUUUGCUUUUCCUCUUGUCCUCUCUUGUCACGUCUGAUAGGAGUGUCCCAACAUGACAUUAGUGACCCAUGGUUUCCUGUUUAAACACCAGUGUGUUUAGCGUCUGCAUCGUUUUCAAAGCUAAUCACUGACACACGGCUCUGAUGGUAUAAUCGUGUUUACAUUCUGAGGUAACGUGACACUCUUUUUGGAGCCUUUAAUGUCUCUGAUGAAAGAUUAAAGCCUGCUUAAAAUGUGUUUUGUAUUUAAUGCCAACAACAGGGAAGAAAAUGGUCUGUAUUUGAUUUAUAGUUAAGCAAAAUAUGUUUUCACAUCCAGUUUUAGUUAACUAUAAUAACCUUGAUCAUAGCUGGAAAAAACAUCUUCUCUAUGUUGCUCUAUUCAAAUUUAAUUGUGUACAUUAUCAAGGUUUUAAUGGAUUAGACACGUGAAAGCUGUGCUUCUGCUUCUACGCAGUCAGAGAUGUUUACGCUCUUCUUUUGGUGACACGCCACCAAGCUGAAGAUGCUGAAUGUCCACUUGUCUAUAAUCUGCAGUUUAAUAUACUGAUUAUCGUCAGUGCUUUAUCUCCUUCAUGUGCACUUCAUUAAAUAUAAAUGAGGGGGGGGGGGGUUUGAAUCACAACGGUGACCUGUGAUGAAAUUUUGACUCCAUUUAUGGGUCAUGUUAUUAAGCUUCACUUCCUCAAAAAAGAAAAUAAAUGAAUCCUGAAUGCAGCCAGAUGCUCUGUGUUUGAGUUGUCCGUUAAUCGUGUUCUUGUGACUGUAAUGUCUCUUGACAACCUUAAAGAAAUUCCUUCAAAUUUGCCACCAAAGUUUAGAUUUUGGUGGUGAAAUGUUCACUUGCUGUGACCACACGUUGGUUUCUUUUCUUGUGAUUUCUUAGGGAAGGAAAGAAAAAAUCUUUUUUUACACGUCCGCUGAAACUUUUACUUCAACUCAAGGAUUGAGUGAUUAUAAUUUGCUGCUGUUUUACAGGUCAAGGUCACAAAGCACCAGGUUAACUAUUAGUUAUGUCCUUAUCCCCCUACAUCAUUCCCUCUGCUGUAAUAAAACCUACUUUGUUGUCCCACUUUAUUGACGUCUUACUGAUCGCUGCUGCACAGUAGAGUAAUGCUGGUUAAAUAUUAAAGGGCUUAUGGCUUUAUGUCUCACCACUGUGACCGAAGGUCUUCAAAAAUAUAUCUGUAGUGUGUACUUGAUUGCCUAUAUUUGUAUAUUCCAAGCUAGGCUUGGAAAUGAGCACCUGGCUUUGUGCACAAACAAGUGCCGACGUAGUAGAUUUUCUCUCUAAGGGGAACCUCAAAUGAGGUCGGGGACCUGAGAGAGCAAUAAGGGUUUAAGUCUAAGCUUGCACCACAUCGCAGUCACAGAUCUGGAAUCGUCUUUCAGUAGCGUAAUGGAUCCAUAAAAAAAACCUUACGGUGCCAGAUCUUUGCCUUGACGAUCUGACGAUCCUCUAAUUUACCACCUUUUCUGGGGUAAACAAGAAGGUGAGAAUGGUUGAUGAGGUUUCUCAGCCAGGCCUACGUGUGUUUGUGUACUCACUCAUUCAGUUUUUUGUCACACCUUAGUGGUAUUGUGCUCCCUAUGCUUUUACACUCAGGUGGGAAGGCUCCACCCCCCCCUACAUACAUGUUUUUAUCCCUGAGGGCCUUUGUGUUCCUCACACACUGCAUGUUUCCCAACAGUAGUUAAGGGUUAGUACUGCUGAGGCUGGGGUUAAAGCUGUUUUGUGUUCAAAAUGAAAGAACCUGUGGGAUAUUGAUAACAGGGAAUGUAAAUAGAAGCGUAUGUGGGGUGGAAAAAAGGUGUUUAGGAGGUAGGAAAGGACAUAAGGGGGGUGUGAUGAGUGUUUGCCAUGCCAGUAAAUGAAUGGCGGGGCGGAGCAGCGAUCAGGGAGCGCAGAAAACAGAAAGAAGAGAGGCAGGGAAUAAGGAAGAAGGGACGGGCUGACUCGUAUUUCAGCUUCAUGUGUGAAGGGUUGGGUGUAACCUUAACCCUAUACUCACAGCACAACUCUAGUUGUGUCAACUCUAGUAGUCACGCACUUGCAGGACUUCAGGAGUCCCGAAGAGCGGAGUCUGGGCAAUCCUCACCAGCAUACCCUUUCUUUUUAACUCACCUGGGUGAGAUAAGCAGGUGUGGGCUUGCCUUCCCAAUUCUUGCUUUAUCACUGGUGUAGAUCAGCUGAUUGGAGAGCCAGAGCUUGGUCAACACUGGGACCUUUUAUCACAGCCUUUGCUUAGCACGCCUUUUCCUCAACCACUAGUGACGGUAAUAUUUGCGGAAAAGGGAUCAAAACAGGACUGAGAGGAAAACGAAUGAGGAUUCGCAAGAAGUUGGUUGUAAAUUCUCUGGAAAAACUCGACAGGCAUCCUCAUUUCUGCUGCACACCCAGCAAAGGGAGUAUCACAUGUGAGUGUGCCUAUGCCAGCGCGUGAGCAUGCAAGUAACUUCAUCAGGACAGCAACAAACCCGGGAACCUCUUAACCCCUUGGUCAGGCCCUGGCUCUAAGAUGGUGCGACUCAGCUGGCGCGUGCUAACAACUGGAGAUAACAACACUCAGGGGCACACAUGGCCGUAAACAACAACCGCUGAUUUGCUGAGACUGAAAAGAAUCGUAGGGUAAUUUGGAAACCUCUCUCCACCCUGUCAUGCACCACUGAGGAACAUAACAGAAAAAGGGGACUGUGCACAGAGAAGUGUGCGCCGCAGAAGGGCGGUGAUUUUCCUGAUUGCUGGAUUGCUUAAUUACCCCUUUGGGUUUGGGAAUCACGCCUGGAGUUUUAAGGCACAAAGGAGGACAAGAAAGGAGAAGAUGAUUUAAGUUUUUGCGGCAGAGAAAUGAAGUGAAGGAGGAGGCUGUGUGGGUCAGAGUCAUGAUGUGGAAGUGCGCUAAGCAAAUGGAAAGCAAAGCGGGAUAUGGCUGAAUGUCCUGCUGGAACUAAUUCAGUGCUUAUUGUUGAAUCUGAAGAGUCUGAAACAGUUUAGUAAGUGUGAAUAUCUGGACAACCCACCGACCUAAAGAUUUACGGCUGGGGAUUUAUUUGAUUUUUUUGCUCAGUUUUAAAGAAGACCUCUCUGAGGGACAAUGAGAGGAGACAGGAGAUCCGCAUCAUUCCGAAAGGAGAAACCGGCGGGCCUUUCCCGGGCUCUCAGCUGGCUCAACGUGUCCAACCUCUCCCGCCAGAGCAGACGCGUCUUCCAGAGCCAAAACGAGCUCAACGUGGUUCACAGCCGCCACCCGUACUCUCAGUCUCACAGUCACCUUCACACCUCAGACGGAGACGAGCGUGAGGACGACGAUAACUGGGUGUACCGGCCUCAACACAAAAUAGCGGUGUCUAACCUGGAUGAGGAGAGCAAGUGGACGGUUCACUACACAGCUCCGUGGCACCAGCAGGAGAACGUCUUCCUACCGGGAAGCAGGCCGCCCUGCGUAGAAGACCUCCACCGCCAGGCCAAAGUCAACCUCAAAACUGCCCUGCGAGAAUGUGACAAGUUGAGGAAAGAUGGUUUCCGGAGCUCCCAGUACUACUCUCAGGGUCCCACCUUCUCUGACCCCAUUCAGUCCACCAGCAGCCUGCAGGAUGACGGGGAUGAUGAAAAUGAUAAGAAGUCCACCGCUUCAUCGCUGGAGGAUGACAAAUCUCAGCUCUCCAUGAGGUCUCAGACGCCACAGGGCAUGGGCGAAGGAGGGGAGGGGUCCGACCCUGACAGACAGGUGGUAUGGAACAAGGCUGCCCUCCUCCCCACCCCAGAGGAGAAGAUGAGGCGGGCAGCUCAGGCCGUACCCACAGACAUAGUUGCCAUCAAUGUCACAGGGGCAGUGUUUGACCGACAGGCGAGCAUCCGGCGCUCCCUCAUUAACACUGACACCGUGUCCCGCCGGCCCAAGAAGGUCAAACGCAGAAAGACUAUAUCAGGGCUGCCUGACAACAUCAACCUGGAGCUAGCAAAAGGACACGGCGGAGAUCUCCGGCCACAUUCUAUGUUCCUCCCUGGACAGUACUCCACACUUGGCCGUACUGGGAGUGUCAACUCAACUCUCCGACGUUCGGUGACCAGAGACUCGAGCUGUCAGACAGAAGAAGUAAAGAUCGUGCCCCCGUCCAUGAGAAGAAUUCGAGCGCAGAGAGGACAGGGAAUCGCUGCUCAGAUGGCUGGCAUAUCCGCUUCCUCUUCAACAGGAAGUAUAUCCAUCUCCAGCAGCAACAGCUCUGGAAUACUGAUGCUGCCGCAGCAUUUUAGUGGAGACCCGUCGCGUUUUCACAGUCUGCCCCGACAGGGCGCAAGAGUGUCCCUCAGUGCCGAUCCCAUCUAUAGCAGCACGCCCAUCAAGUCAGAGGAACAUCUGCAGAGGCAAAUUGGAAAGCUUCAGGUCGACGAUACUGUGGUACACAUGAGAAACGCCCCGAGGACAGGAACUUUGCCCAGGCCCAAGUCCCAGGAGUUGAAGGGGACACUGUCCAGUGAGUGGGGCGGGGGUCCGGCAUGUGUGGUUUCUCCUCAUGCUGCUUAUUCCACCUCGUUCAUCCCCAAUGCCACCAUGUCCAGUUCUGCUGAGGUUAUUACCCUUAACACCUCGAGCCAGCUCACCCAGUCCCCGGUCUCAGCUUACCCCGCAGCUCGAGCGCUCAGUCUGGCUUCCCCAACUAAUGCUGACCUGCUGAUCUCUAGUCCAGCAGCCUUCACCCACAGCUCCACCUGCCCUGCCUUGGCCACGUCUACUCCUACUCACACAGCACAGGAUAGUGGCCUGAAAGUCAGAGCACCUGCCAGUGAGUCAGGUCACUCUGACAGUAGCACCCACAGCCACAGCACCUUGGCCCCCACUCCACCAUCUUGUCUGCCGGAGGAGAACUGGAUCUACGACACACCAGAAAACGUGGUGGCUCCACACCGCACUCUGACCUCCAGUUGCUCCACUCCAAUCAACCAGCUCUAUGGCAGCCUGGAUCAGUCCUCUAGGACCACUACUGAUUCCAGCUCUCUUUACUCCCAGGACAAUGAUGGAUACUACACCUCUAUGCACCUGGACUCAGGCCUGCGCUCGCGCAGUCACGGUAGCGGGCACGGGGUGGCAGCUGGCCGGGCCACCAGACACAGCAUGUACGAGUGUCGCGAGAUGGCCAAUCAGGAGGACUCUGGAAGCCUGUACAGUGACCGCUCGCUGUCACGCAGCAUCUCCCUACGCAAAUCCAAGAAGCCUCCCCUGCCACCAGCUCGCACGGAUUCUCUCAGACGCAAGCCAGCUGCAAAAAUGCCCCCCGGAGGCGUUAGCGCCAUCAACGGUGCUAACGGGGAAAGGGGUACGACACUUAAUGAAACUCUAAUUGCAAGCUUGCAGCAGAGCCUGCAGAUGGGGUUGAGAGGAGGGAAGGGAAAGGGUGCGUCGCCAUCAUCAACCUCUCACAGCCCAAGCAGCGAUUAUGAUGACCCUUGGGUCCUCAGGCCGCGCAGUCACAGCAGCAUCAGUGCAGGCAGCUCCGCAGCAUCACUAGCAGCUAACGCAAACUGCGGCGGCGUGUCUAGUGUGUACUCUCUAUGCCAUGUGACACCUGCCCACAGUGACACCAGCAGCCUGCGCUCUGACUACGCCGACUCUUGGGGCUACUACAUGGACUACCCUCGUAACAACUCGGACCAGGGGGAGCAGACACCCCCAGCCCAUGCCGCAGAUAACAUGUCAGCCGGCGUUCACCCAGGAGUCUUACAGAAUGGAGGAGGGAUUCACAAAAGUCAGAUCCCUGGAGCUCCAGGUCAGGAGCGAGAGGUGUCGGCGAAGCCCAAAGCUUCAACCUCCUCACCAGACCGGGUGCAUAGACUCACCUCGCCAUCUAGUGGCUACUCCAGCCAGUCCAACACUCCCACAGCUGGAACCCCAGUGCCCGCCUUCGCCAGGUCCAUGUCUCCCUCGGGCGGCCGGCCAAAACCCAAAGUCCCCGAGAGGAAGUCCUCUCUCCUCUCAUCAGUUUCCAUGUCCUCCUCUUCUACCUCCCUUUCCUCCAACACUUCAGACUCACUUAAGAGCAACGGUCCUCCUCCUCCACCACCACCACCUCUCCUCUUCUCCUCCUCCUCAACUCCCAACACCCCUCUCAGCCCACCUCCACCCUUCCCUCCCCCUCUACCGCCAAGCUCUAGCACAGCUUCCCUGACUCCUCCACCAGCUCCCCCAUUGCCAACCACUCCCCAGGGAGGUUCUCUAAGCCUGAACUCUACUUGCUCCACCUCCCCGGAAUUCCCUCCACCUCCAUCCCCCGAGAUGCUGAUUCACCCGAGUUCAUCUCCCAAUGGGAGCUUCAGUCCCCCUCCUCCUCCACCACCCCCACCUCCUCCUCCUCCUCUGCCGGCUACUGUUACAGCUUCCUCCUCCCCAUCUUUUAAGAAGGCACUAAAUGAUGCUCCUAAAGAAGCUCCUUCUAACAGUCCCACAAACUCACCUAAGCCCCUCAUCACACCAUUUGCACUUCAGAGCGUUCAGCUUCGUUCAGUCAAGCGACCAGAGAAGGAGAUCACAGAUGACAACAAAGCUGAGAAAACAGGGAUGGACCUCCUUCAGGGGCUAAAGCCUCUGAGCCUGGAUAGCUGUUACUCUCAGGAGCAUCCCACUGUCUUACCCCUUUUGAACAGCUCUCUGGAAGCGGAUUCCCAUUAUUCCUCACCAUCGCCUGUGUCAAAGCUCCUGGAAGAGUUGUCACUGGAUGAUAGCAUCACAGAGGACUCACCGGACAUUGCCUUCGUAAAUGGAAAAGCUGAUGAUGAGAGUUACACACUUGUGAAUGGGAAUGAAAAAGAGGAGGCACUAGCAUUGCCCAGUCCCGCACAGAGCCACGAAAGCUCUCCCAUCAAGCAGAAGGCCCCACCCCCAGCAGUCUCCAAGAAGCCCAAAUUUUCCCUUGUCCCACCAGUAAGCCCCCAAACAAUAAAUAAACUGUUUCCAUCUCAGCAGGAAGAGACGAACAUCCCCCAAACAGAAGACCAAGUAGAUUCUCCGCGAAGACAAACAAAAGAAGAGGUGAAAGAGGGGGACGGUGAGCAUCAGGAGGAGAGAGAAGACACUUUAGAGCAUUUAGCAGAGCGCAAAGGAGCAUUCACUGAAACCCGAUACGAGUCUUGUAUCACUACAUCUGUUAGCAAGGAGACGAGUAAUGCCUCUGGGCUUUAUACCAACGGAGAGGCUGAUGAAGAAGAGGAAGAGGACUGUGAUGGGACGAGCAGCACCACAGGGUCCAUCAGCUCCAAGGACGACGAGGCAGGUGACGUCUUUGAAUCCAGUACGGCCGAGUCGUCUCCAGCCCCGUCAGCAAACGGGGCGUCCGAGAAGAGCAUGGUAACCCCGACUCCCACGCGACCCCGAACCACAGAGGACCUCUUCGCCGCCAUUCACAGAGAGGGAAUGGGUGCAGUGUUUCUAGAGAGGUCAAAGCGCAAGGUCCUGGGUCGCAAGGAGUCCGAGGAAGACAAGACCCGGCCUGGGAGCCACUCGCAAUCUCCACCCACCACCCCGACGAGCCUGUCUCCAGGGAUGACGUCGUCGUUGCCCCGUCAGUCGGGAUCCAUCCAGCGCAAUCUCCGCAAGUCCUCAACCAGCAGCGACACCUUCAAGGCACUUCUCCUGAAAAAGGGAAGCCGCUCUGAGACCAGUUUCAGGAUGUCUGCUGCCGAAAUGCUUCGUUCCACUGACCCACGCUCCCAGCGAACGCGCUCCGAAUCGGCGCUGGACUCCCCCACUGCUUCUCCCUCCUCACCGAUGGCCCUGCACAGCCCGGCCGGUUCCCCGGGCCGGGGUAAGAGGGCAGCUGACGAGCGGGGCCGUUAUGAUGUCUUUACCCUGUCCUCGCCGACUUCGUCGCCCUUUUCAAUGGGCGGAUUUAAGUACGGGCGCUCUCGGACGCCGCCCUCAGCUGCCAGCAGCAAGUACAACGCCCGCAGCCGAAUCCUCAGCAGCCCGAUGACAGUAAUCUGCGAGCGGGACGGGGAACUGGCUGAGAGCGAGUACGGAGACACGGCAGAAAGUCUGUCUCAGCCAGCAGCUCAGGCUGUCCCUGUGCUCAAAGACUCCAAUGGCACUUUAUCCGAAGAAAGCAGAAGUUAAAAGACCAGGAGCCGCCCCUUAGCUUUGGGGAGCUGAACUUAUUCGUUGUAACCAGGCAGGGAGCUGGAAGAGGAGCCCAACACAAGGCCCUCUAGAGACACCUUCCUGAGCUCCACCCCCGCCCCUCUGAGGGAGUGGACAUGUCUGGUCCUGAUGCGGGACCUGGAUGCAGCUCCAUCACGGACCGGACAGAGCGCAGUCUGAAGCAGAGAAGUGGACCUGCUCCAGCUUUUUAAGACUGCCAUGAUUCUCAUUCUUUCCUUCGUUUGGUGAUUCACCUUUUUUUGUUCAAAGAAUAGUGUUUCUUUUAGACCUGGUGUUCCUAGUUUUGUUUGCCAUUUGUUUUUUUGUUUUCUUUCUAACUUCAUCCUGCAGGAGUCCUUUUAGUUUCACCAAAGGACUAAAAGUUAAGAUGGCAAACUUAAGUGAAUUGAAGGAAUGGAGAAGUCACUGACUGUUCGCUUAACUUUGCUGCUGUGGUGCUACGUAGCUAGGAGAGAGUGGAAUGUAAAAGUGUGCGGGAGGCUCGCCUGUUUUCAGUUUCUGCUUUUCCUCUGCUGGCUGUGGGAAGUGUUUGAGAGCACCGUGGCUUGCAAGUGUCGGCUUCAAACAGCCAAUCAAUACGUGGAACGGGCGCGAGGACGUGGUACAGCAGGUGGCUCCGCGGUACAACUUCACCUACGGUUACCACUCUUUGAUCGGUGGUUUUAGUUUGCAGAGCUGGUGUGUUCAGGGGUCCAUAGGAAGUGCAGAGGGCUCAGUGCUGCCAUCUAGUGACAGGGAACAGUGUGGAAAAAUAGUUGGGGGAUACGAAGGUUCAACCAAAACAUCAAAAUUACUCUCUGAAAAGGCUCAUAAAAGUUAGUUUGUAGAAUUUGCACUGUGCACAGUUUUUUUUUUCCCUUGGUGAAUUAAAAAAAGAAAAUGUUUUAAUAAACCAAUUACAUCAUGUCAUGUCAUGUGUUUGGAAGUUAAGUAAGAAAUGAUAACAUUAGAGUAAAAGAAUAUUUUAUUAUCUUUUAGUGAUCGUGUGGGUUACCAAAGAGCUUGAAAAAUGAAACGGAGUUGGACGUGACAGCAAUCCGAUAGUCUGACACCCCCGUGCAUACGCUCCGAGAAGAUCCACCAGACCCUGUGGGGGCAGAUUUCUAUAUAAUUUCUAUAAUGCUGUUGACCUUUCUGUUUAUCCUUUUGCAGUUUUAUAUGGUUCUAUAUGUAAAUAAAUAGAGAAUUGAGUUUUAAGUCACACUUGACCUAUUUUCAAAGACUUUGUACAUUUUUUUUAGAACCCUCUGUUUGCUGAAAGGGAGUGGUUUCCUUUUUCGUAGAUUAUUUAUUUUCACAUAGGAGGGCGUCGGUAUGGUUUAACUGGUCAGAGUCAGCUGACGGGUGGUUGAGGCACAGGAAAGAGAGGUUAGGGGUUAACCAGAGAAAUCAAAAAGCCACAUUUAGCUGGCUGACCCCCAGCGAACCGUUAUUCUGUUAAAGACGCAUCAAAAAGAUAAUAUCAAUUUUAACCAGCCUUUAAUCUGAAGUCAUGCCACACUGGUGCUCACCGCCGAAUAAACUUGGUGACAGUCGUGAGACUUCAUAACCUCCUAACAGCCUGUGUGUUAAUCACCUGUGACCAAAUAAUGUGUCUCCCAGAGCCCACCAGGCUGUGAUUGAGCGCUCCUGAAAGCAUCUGUGCUUGUGAAAAGACAGAGAGGACAGAAGAAGUAGUGGGAGUGGAGCUGAAGGCAGGCUGCUAACGCUCUCGUGUAUGUCUGUGUAAUAAAAACAAGGUGAUAUUUAAA